AUGCUAUCCUAUCAGGCUCCAGUUCAGCAACAGUCAACUCAAAUGAUGCAAACGACGAGGUCAGGUCGACCCUUUGUCAAGGAUAUACAUGAUUUGUUUUCAACUUUAAUAAUCUCAUUACCGAUGGAAACGCAUCGAAAUUUGUUUAAAAGUUAUGCAAACUCAUUUACAACGGAAGAAACCAUAGCGAAUUUAGGAUCAUUAAAAUUUACACAAUCAAAUCAUAUGGCAAAAUCUAUAUGUCAAACAUUUCAGGAUGCAAGGUUAUUUGAAAAUUUAACUGAUUCUAAUAAUAGAAUAUUUAGGGAUAAAGGUGUUUAUGGUCUUACCCCAAAAGGGACAUACAUAUUAGAAAGAUUUGUAUCAAGAAAUGGUAUAACAGCCCCUCAUUUGGCAAAAAUCUUUUCUUCACAAUCAAUUCAAAUCAGAUUAUUCGCCUUGGAAAGAGAUCCCGAAACCGAUUCCAUUAAUUUAUCAAAACAAAAUGUUGAAUCGGUUUUUAGAAGGUUUGCCGGUCCAAGACCGAACUUUAAAAUUCCAAAUGAAAUAGUUUCAUCAAAUGACCAAAACAUCUUUUCGGUUGAUCGUAAUCUUGGUAUUGAAGUUAAAGAACGUUAUAUUAAUAAUAAAUGGUAUCAUUUUACAUUUUCCGGAGCGAACGUUUGUGACUGGUUAUGUGAGUUUACAACCUUAAUCUCAAAAGAGGAGGCGAUGAAAGUUGCGACCGAAUUCAUUCGUCUAGGUUUUUUAGAACCUAUUAAUAGUAAAGUGAAUGAUACAAAAAAAAGUACAAAAAGGCGAGAUCGUUCAUUAUUUAAAUAUUCAAAAUCCACGUAUUACAACAUCACGGAAGAAGGUCGACAACUCGCUUUAUGGGAUGAACAUCUACCAGCAAAGAAAGAUUCAGGAGUAUAUUUAUCACCACAAUUAAAUGAUGGUAAAUCACAAAGAAGUUCAUUAAUUGAGAAUAAUCAAGUGAUUAAAGAAUCAAAUACCAAAAAACUUCAACAAAUUUUAGAUGACUCAAAUUUAUGUUCACUAUUUAUGAACUUUUUAAAAUCUACCUUAUGUGAAGAAAAUUUAUUAUUUUUAUUAGACGUUCAAAAAUUUAAAAUUAGAUAUAAUGCCGAUGUUAACGAAGAUGGAGAAUGUAGAGAUCCCAAAGAACAAUUUUAUUUAAUUUCCGAUGCUUUUAAAAUUUAUAAUACUUAUUUAGCUCCCGCUUCUCUUAAUGAACUUAAUAUCGAUUUCAAUUUAAGACAAUCGAUGACUCGAUAUAUGACUUCAAUUGCCUCGGGACAUAAUGAUAAGCGGCCGAAAUCUACUGCUUCGGAUCAACCACCUCAAAAAAAUCCUAUAACCAGUCAUUUAUAUGAUGAGAUUCAACAUGUUAUUUUCAGUUUGGUGGCUACCGAUUCUAUUCCUAAAUUUAUUAGAACUAAAGAAUUUUUAGCCUAUACCCAAUGA